GGUCCUGGCGGCUCUCCCCCCAGAGCGGCGCGUGGCGUACGCGGCGGUUGUUGGGCGCCAGGGCCGCUCCCGGGGUAGCGAGGGAUGCUGAAGGAAUUGUAGCAUGUACACCACAGAAUCACAAAAUGAACAUCAUUUGGAGGAUAAAAACACCCCAUCAUCUACAAAUCCUCAGAUUCUCAAAGAUAGCAGUAUUAUUGAGCUUGAAGAAACUAAGGAAAUUGUCUUGUCACAAACAGAGGAAACAAAAUCACAGAUGGAAAAGAUGAGUUAUUGUCCUCCACAAGGAAAAUGGAAUAAAGCUAUUACAAACGAAACUUAUGGAUUCUCGGGAGUUGCACUUUUUAUGAUAUGGUGUGUAGCCUGGUCAUUCUCAGGCAGUGAAGUCCUCCCUGGUGGAAAUUUAUUUGGACUAUUAAUUAUUUUUUAUAGUGCCACGAUUGGAGGGAAAGUUUUGGAACUUAUUAGAAUACCUUCAGUGCCUCAACUUCCACCUCUUCUUGGGAUGUUACUGGCAGGUUUUACCAUCAGGAAUGUUCCAUUCCUCAGUGAUUACAUCCAUAUUAAUAACACGUGGUCUUCAACUUUAAGAAACACUGCCCUUACCAUUAUCCUAAUACGAGCUGGGCUUGGACUCGAUCCACGGGCUUUGAAGCAUUUGAAGAGAGUUUGUUUAAGAUUGGCUAUAGGUCCAUGCCUCAUAGAGGCAUGUUCAACUGCUGUUAUUUCCCACUUCUUUAUGAAUUUUCCCUGGCAAUGGGGAUUUCUUUUGGGUCUUUCUAUUAGUUUUGUAGUAGGCGCUGUCUCUCCUGCUGUUGUUGUCCCUUCCAUGCUACUUUUGCAAGAAAAUGGAUAUGGUAUUAAGAAAGGCAUUCCAACCUUACUAAUAGCUGCUAGCAGUUUGGAUGACAUCAUAGCAAUCACUGGAUUCAGUACGUGCUUGAGCAUAGCCUUCACCUCAGGUGGUAUACUUAAAAAUGUCCUAGCCUCUUUUCGGGACAUACUUAUUGGUGUGCUGGCAGGAGCUAUUUUGGGAAUUUUUGUUCGAUAUUUUCCAAGUGAAGAUCAGACAAAACUUACACUGAAGAGAGCAUUCUUUAUUUUGAGUAUGUGUAUUUCCGCUGUCUUGGGCAGUCAUCAGAUUGGUUUACACGCAGUUGGAGGAUUAUGCACACUGGCGCUGUCUUUUGUUGCAGGGGUAAAUUGGUCCACAGGAAAGAUUGAAGUCCAAAGACUUAUUAAAACCAUAUGGUAUAUUUUUCAACCCCUUCUUUUUGGUUUGGUUGGAUCAGAGGUAUCUGUUGCAUCUCUUAAGUCAAAUGCUAUUGGCAUUUGUGUUGUUACCAUAAGUUUGUCAUUAUUGGUUCGAAUUUUUUCUACUUUUUUACUGAUGUGUUUUGCUGGUUUUAGUUUUAAGGAGAAAAUAUUUAUUGCUUUAUCGUGGAUACCCAAAGCUACAGUCCAGGCUGUAUUAGGUCCCCUGGCUCUAGAAACAGCAAGAAACAGCGCACCCCACUUGGAACCAUAUGCGAGGGAUGUGAUGACAGUAGCAUUUUUAGCCAUCUUGAUCACAGCCCCAAAUGGAGCUCUAAUUAUUGGCAUACUCGGUCCCAAAGUACUUGAACGCCAUGAUCCAAGCAAAAUCAAUGUGAAAUUGACAAAAUUAGAACUUCAUUAAAAAGUUUAUUUGCCAUCA